CCUUUCAUUCUCUCUCUCCGGCAGCCUCGACCCUCUCCCAUAUAUAUAUAUAUAUAUAUAUCAUAUACAUAUAGAUGCAUGUAUACACGCACUCUGUUAUUUUCUUGAAUCUAAAUUAACUUUUUCAUUUUCUAUUUCUCAAUUUCCCCUAAAUCUCUUCGCUGAGGACAAGAAUACAUUCCAAACCCUAACCCGACCCGACUCACCCGCUUGGAUUCCUGCCGGGUUCCGAUUCAGAUUUUUUUUCUCGGACUGCUUGCUUACAAUAUGAGUAAUCAGAAGAAGAAGAAUUUCCAGAUAGAGGCCUUCAAGCACCGGGUCGUGGUGGAUCCGAAAUAUGCCGACAAGACUUGGAAAAUUCUCGAGCAUGCGAUCCAUGAGAUUUACAAUCACAACGCCAGUGGGCUCAGUUUCGAAGAGCUUUAUAGAAACGCCUACAACAUGGUGCUGCAUAAGUACGGCGAAAAGCUGUAUUCUGGGCUUGUUAACACUAUGACUGCCCAUCUCAGAGAGAUAUCCAAGUCUAUCGAGGCAACUCAGGGAGGAUCAUUCCUAGAAGAGCUCAAUAGGAAAUGGAAUGACCACAACAAAGCGUUGCAGAUGAUUCGAGACAUUCUGAUGUACAUGGAUAGGACUUACAUUCCGAGCACCAAAAAAACCGCUGUUCAUGAGCUGGGGCUUAACCUGUGGAGGGACAACAUAGCGCAUUCCAGCAAAAUCCAGACGAGGCUUCUUAACACCCUCCUUGAUCUAAUCCACAGGGAAAGGACUGGUGAAGUCAUAGACAGAGUGUUGAUGAGGAAUGUUAUUAAGAUGUUCAUGGACUUGAGCGAUUCGGUGUAUCAGGAGGACUUUGAAAAGCCAUUUUUGGAGGCUUCUGCCGAGUUCUACAAGGUUGAGUCCCAGGAGUUUAUCGAAUCAUGCGAUUGUGGAGAUUACCUGAAGAAAGUGGAGAAACGUCUAACUGAAGAAACGGAUAGGGUGUCCCAAUAUUUGGAUCCGAAGAGUGAACCAAAGAUUACUAGUGUGGUUGAGAAAGAAAUGAUUGCCAACCACAUGCAGAGACUAGUUCAUAUGGAGAAUUCAGGGCUGGUUAACAUGCUUCUCAACGACAAGUACGAGGACUUGGGUAGAAUGUACAAUUUGUUCCGCAGGGUUACCAACGGGCUUAUCAUGGUUAGAGAUGUUAUGACUUUGCAUCUUAGGGAGAUGGGAAAGCAACUAGUUACGGAUCCCGAAAAGUCAAAGGAUCCAGUGGAAUUUGUACAGCGUCUGCUGGAUGAACGGGAUAAGUACGACAAAAUCAUCAGCACGGCAUUCAACAACGACAAGACGUUCCAGAACGCGCUCAAUUCUUCGUUCGAGUAUUUCGUAAACUUGAACUCACGUUCACCCGAGUUCAUUUCCCUGUUCGUCGAUGACAAGCUAAGGAAAGGACUUAAGGGUGUGAGUGAGGAGGAUGUGGAGGUUAUUCUCGACAAAGUUAUGAUGCUUUUCCGAUACUUGCAGGAGAAAGACGUCUUUGAAAAGUACUACAAACAGCAUUUGGCUAAAAGGCUUUUGUCCGGGAAGACGGUUUCGGAUGACGCAGAGAGGAGUUUGAUAGUGAAACUGAAGACGGAAUGUGGAUAUCAGUUCACUUCAAAACUCGAAGGAAUGUUCACUGACAUGAAAACUUCUCAGGACACGAUGCAAGGGUUUCACAGUAGUCACCCCGAGCUUUCUGAAGGACCGACACUCGUUGUUCAGGUUCUGACAACGGGUUCAUGGCCCACACAGCCGACCGUCCCUUGCAAUCUACCGGCCGAAGUGUCUGUCCUCUGCGAGAAGUUCAGGUCAUAUUACCUCGGGACACACACCGGUAGAAGACUGUCUUGGCAGACCAACAUGGGGACGGCCGAUAUCAGAGCCGUGUUCGGGAAGGGUCAGAAGCAUGAACUGAACGUGUCGACGUUCCAGAUGUGUGUUCUCGUGCUGUUCAACAGCUCGGACCGACUCAGCUACAAGGAGAUCGAGCAGGCGACGGAAAUCCCGGCCCCGGAUCUGAAGCGGUGCUUGCAGUCGCUGGCAUGUGUGAAGGGGAAAAACGUGCUGAGAAAAGAACCGAUGAGCAAAGACAUAGCGGAGAAUGAUGCGUUUGUGGUGAAUGACAAGUUCACGAGCAAGUUCUACAAGGUGAAGAUAGGGACAGUGGUGGCGCAGAAGGAGACGGAACCGGAGAAGCAGGAGACGAGGCAGAGAGUGGAGGAAGACAGGAAACCGCAGAUAGAAGCGGCCAUCGUCCGGAUAAUGAAGUCGAGGAGGGUGUUGGAUCACAACAACAUAAUCGCGGAGGUGACCAAACAGUUGCAGUCACGGUUUCUGGCUAACCCUACCGAGAUUAAGAAGAGGAUCGAAUCUCUUAUCGAACGUGACUUCUUGGAGAGAGAUAGUACGGACAGGAAACUUUAUCGUUAUCUUGCGUAAAGGUUCUACCUUUUUAACUCAACUCUCUCUCUCUCUCUCUCUCUCUAGUCUCUGGUCUUUUUUUUUUUGCCAAGUAUACAAUUUGUUUCGCCCUGUUCCAGCCUUGUGUUUCAUUACACAUCAUCUUAAUUGAACUUGUUGAUUUCCCCCCCUUUU